AUGUUGCGCUAUGUUGCACAGAAGCCAUUGUGCCAUGUUCAAAGCACCGAAGCACUGAGGUGGACACGUCGGCAAGAGCUGGUUCUGAGAUCUCCUCUUCCAGAGGGCCCCUGCGACGUACCACUGGCAGUCCGAAGGGAAGACGUCCCAGCGCUGCUUCUCACGGAUGCUUCCGGACAGACGCUGAGCUUCUGCGUGGACCAAUUCCUGUGCAAUGCGAAGUUCCAAAUCAUCUGGCUGCAACGGCUACAAGCACAGGCUGCCGGGACAGAGUGCGGAGUUUUCCUUUACACUGGCCCCGAGCACAUGGCGCUCGCAGAUACUCCCGCUGGCAGGCACACCGAGGGCACCGCAGCGGUGCCUCGCAAAUGCUCGGAGCAGUGUCUAAUCCUCGCCGACUUUUUCGCCAUGGGCACGGCUGCCGGCUCUUGGAUCGCGUUCUUUGAUGUCGAGGCUGCUUCCAGGUCAGUUUCCAUUCUCGAGAACAUGGAGGGAGUACCCGGUCGUGUCCUGAAGCUGGACCCAUGCGGUGGAAGGUUGGCCUUGAGGAGAAGCUUCACAUCCGCAAGUCCAUGCCAGGGUAGAGAGCUCUAUGUUCGGGUGUUCUUCUGCGACGAGGGAGAGGAAUCUGCACAUUGGUUUGGUGUAGCCAGCAAGCAUGGGACAUGUGCAGUUGGCGUCACUCCUGCGUGCGAUCACUACACCAUCGCGAACGGAACUUGCCCUGGCGCUCCCGGCAACACGCAAGAUGCUCAAUGGACAAUGUCUUCUCGCAUGCGACGAAGUCGUGGAUGGCACAUCUUCGAGUUUGCAUUCGAGGAAAACAAGGUCAAUGUUUCCAUUGAUGGCACAAGCGUUUUUGCCGGUAUGCCCAAGGGAGCUCGGGAAGCAACAGAGGAUCACUUGUGGAUCAUCGCGCAGAGUGGUGCUGCUUCUUCAUGGGCAGCUUUGGAAGCGUUCCAAAUACCCUCUGCUUGCAUGCUUCCGAGUUGGCGACUUGGAAGAAAGCGCUGCCCACUGGAGACCAGCGGCGGACCUUGGGAAGUGAGAUGUGAAGAACUUGGCCAAUGGAUGGACGACAAUGGUCAGGUCUGGCGCAUAGCUGCUUCAGAGAGCAAUGCGGUAUCUACACCAGUCGGCCGGUGCGCGUCUGCAGACACCUUGCUCGGAACCAAAGACUCAGCAGAUGCUGCGUCUUCGCCGUCACGUACCAGUACGAACGGGAGGGAGCUGCAACAACGGCGGGCAGGCAAGUCACACCUGUGCUUGCCAAAGAAGGUCUCGCAAAAUGAGAUGAUAUCUAAUCUCGAAUUUGUUGUCCGGUGCGGGGGUGGCUUCCUGAACAGCAAAGACUUUGCGAAACGAUAUGGUCGCAUCGAGAGGUUCACUUCCCCACGUGCGCCGAGUCCACUCUGCAAGAGGCCGAGCUCGAAAGAUGAUACGAUCCUUCGGCUUGUCAGCAUUCGCUCACACGGUUCUCUCCGACUGCGGGAGCUGCGUGCUUUGCGCGAAGGUCGCUGCACGCUUCCCAGACCGACGACUGUAAACCGGCCGUCCACCUCAUACUCCCACACUGACAUCGGCCAUGCUCGUGGCCUUGCCCGCUGUCAUUGA